UUUUUUCUCAAUAGUUGUCAGAGGCUCGGGUCACUCGCUAGACGUCGCGAGGCAUCUUCUACUCCCUUUCUUUCUCUCUCUGCCUCCCCGUCAUCCACCUUCUCAGACUGAAGCAUCCUUUAGCAAAAGCUGAGAAAAGAGCGUGGACCGUAUUUUUAGGUCGUUUGUGUUAACAAAGCAUUUGAAUAGCCGCCCGUUUCAGGUCGCGAAGCAAACGCAAAUCUCCACGUUUUUCCUCAAACUUCUCACACUCCAACUCUGAACAUGUCCGGCGAAGACGCACCUGCUCAGCAGCAAAACGCCGAGGAGCAAAAGCAGCAGCCGCAGGAGACAAAGACGCCCGCCGAGUCCCCAAAAACCGAGAGCAAACCGGACCCACCGCCCACCAGCGAAUCCACCGAGGCAGCCGCCGCUGCCGACGCUCCAGCCCCAGCCGCUGAGAAAGCCCCCGAGGAGGACACGUUCAGUUACCGGGCGCUGGUGCUCACAGGUUUUGGCGGGUAUGAUAAGGUCAAGCUCCAGGUCAAGAAAGGGAAACCGGUGCUCAAGAGCGGCGAGGUGAUGGUGCGCGUGAAAAUGUGCGGGCUCAACUUCGCAGAUCUGAUGGCGAGACAGGGACUGUACGACAGGUUUCCAUCCCCGCCGGUGACUCCUGGCAUGGAGUGCUCCGGGGUUAUCGAAGCGGUCGGGGAAGAUGUGACCGACAGAAAAGUGGGUGAUAAGGUUCUGGUUCUGAACCGCAGCGGAAUGUGGCAGGAAGUUGUUGUCGUGGCAGCUACAAACACUUUUCUGAUGCCCGAAGGCAUGAGCUUCGAGGAGGCAGCUGCACUUCCUGUCAAUUACAUCACUGCCUACAUGAUGCUUUUCGACUUUGGGAACCUGCGUCCAAACCAGAGUGUACUCAUCCAUAUGGCUGCAGGUGGGGUUGGUAUCGCUGCCACUCAGUUGUGCAAAACGGUGAAUGAUGUCACAGUGUAUGGCACCGCGUCAGCCAGCAAGCACGAGGUCAUCAGCCAGGGUGGAGUCACGCACCCCAUCGACUACAGGACAAGAGAUUAUGUCGAAGAAAUACGCAAGAUAAGCCCGAAAGGGUUGGAUAUUGUUCUUGAUCCCCUGGGAGGUUCUGACACCAAUAAAGGCUACAACCUGCUGAAACCAAUGGGGAAGCUUAUUAGCUACGGUGCCGCUAACAUGUUGUCAGGACAGAAGAAGAAUCUGUUUGCGGUGGCUAAGACCUGGUACCAGCAGUUCUCCGUCCACACUUUGAGCCUGAUUCAGGGAAAUCGCUCCGUGUGCGGGUUUCACCUGGGGUACCUGGACACCGAGACCGAGCUCAUUGCUCAGGCCAUGACGACCAUUCUGGACCUGCACCGACAGGGCAAGAUCAAGCCCCGAAUUGACUCCACUUACCACCUAGAACAGGUCGGCGAUGCCAUGCGUAGGAUGCAAGAGAGGAACAACAUCGGGAAAAUCAUCCUCACCACCGAACCCAUGAAGGAGGAGGAGAAAAAGGAUGAGGUCAAGAAAGACGACGACAAGAAGAAGGACGACAAGAAAAAAGACGACAAGAAGAAGGAAGACAAGAAGAAGGAGGAGGCCAAGAAGGAGGAGAAGAAGAAAGAGGAGCCCAAGAAAGAAGAGCCCAAGAAAGAGGAGCCCAAGAAGGAGGAGCCCAAAAAAGCGGAAGAGAAGGAGGAAGCCAAGAAAGAGGAGAACUGAGUGGAGAGCCAAGGCCUAUUGUGAAUGUGAUUUGUGUUCAUGUCCGGGGUUUUGGGAGUGGUCUGCGUGUGUGUAUGUGUGCGUUAUAUUUGUAUGUGUGUGAAUGGGUGGGGGGGUUGUAUGGUGGAGUUUGCCAAACCCCAGGUAAUUUCUCUGACAUUAAAUCUGCGAUCGUUCAGUUGGCAGAAUUCUUGCUCUGAACACACACUGCUUAUUUUCAUCAACACACACAUAUACACACACACUGUACACUAAGGGAAAACACCACUUUAUUGUGAUAUUGUAACCCGGUUGUGUUCCUAGUUCCUCUGCAUUCUCCUGUGUCCUUUCUAACUUUUCGUAUGACUGCACGCUGUCGAAGCGUGUUAGGGCAGUAUUAUCCUUUUAUAAAUAUCACUGCAAUGUUUACUCAACCAAUGUCUUCAAUUAUAUAGUAACGUAACUGAAUUCUGCACCCUGUCCAAAUAUACUACCAUGUUAUUCCUGUCAAACUAAUGCACUAUAAAAUUAUUGUUCCAACGAAAAAUUCGUUAUGUUUCUAGACGUAAGCCAAAAACCUGUGCACACACUACACCCCCCCACGUGUUUGUGUACUUGCCAUGAGAAUGCGCCUGGCUUUAGGAGGAGUGCCAUUACCGUGACAACAACGUCUGCCCUUUUUGACAGACCCCUCCCCUCUUUGUCAUGGCUUGCCGUAUGUCAUCAAAAGCUUCACCCAGAACACCCUGCACAUUAAACAAGGGCAACCACCUACGUUGCCAUUGUUUGUUUGUUUUCCAUUGGACCCAACUCACUGACAUGUAUUUGACUCCACCCUCCGGAGGAGUCGGGUGGUUUCUGAUUGGCUAAGAGAGACAACGAGCUUCUUUGAUACAGAUACGAGCACACAUGUGUAGUAACUUAAAGAAACCUCUUUGACACAUUGCCGUCUCAUUACACAUAAGCUUGACAGAAAAGAGAGGGUGGUUUAAAGAAGUUGAAUGUGAAAAUUCUGUUAUUUAUGCACCCUCACGUUGUUCUGAAACUAUAUGACUUUUAUCCUUCUAUGAAACGCAAAAGAUGAUUUUAUUAAUUGACUGCUUUUAUUGAUAUAAUGAAAGCGAAUGGGGACGGAGUCUAACAAUCUGCAACAAUACAAGAAUGACACCAUUUCUCUUUUUUGUAUUUUGAAUAUUGUGCACUAUAAAUUGAAAAUCUUCACACGGCUAUUUCAUGACAUCACAAGUCACAUGGACCAAUUUCAUGGGUUUUUUUUGGAACUUGACCCCAGUCCCCAUUCCCCUUCAUUAUAUAAAAAGAAAUGUUUUCUAAGAGAGUUAAAAAGCCAUAUAGGUUUGAAUAUUUAAUUGGAUGAACUAACCCUUUAAGCUACAGUGGCUGGCUGAUCAAUGUGCUAUGUCAUUAGACAGGCCUAGUGCUUGGAUUUUAAUGAGCCUAGCUGGCAAACAGGUCCAAUUGUAGAGAACGUUCUCUCAGGCUUUUCCCAUCGUCCUCGCUCUCUCUCGCAUUGUAUGAACUCUUGAGACGUGGAAGCAUAUGGAGGGUCAGAUAAAGACAGGAGUGGCCUUUCAUUCCUGAACCUCCUCCAGGAUUCCAGGGCGCUUUCCGCCCCUCAGUCCCGUGACGGAUCACCAUCCGAUGAUCCGCAGCAUGCUAGUUGCGUGCAACAUUUAAAUAUGAUGUCCACUCAUCUAGCUUUCUCUCUCCCUCUGUUAGAGUUUGCGUCAUUGCGGUUGGUAUGGUAACAGCAGUUAGUCCGGUUAGAGAGGACAGUCAGGUCUCAUCCCCCACAUCCCCACAGACCUGCAAAACAUACUACAGCAAGAUGUCUAAAACACUACCGCUUUUUAUUUUCCUCAUACUUUUAACCUCCCUGCUUUUAUAAACAUUUAAAUAACUUGCACACUCCCUGAGGGAUGCGGUUACUCCCUCUGCCUUCUCUCUUAGACGCGUCAAUCAAAUCCUCCGGCUCCUCCCACCUCUUUCCAAGUAAGCAGUAAUCUACUGCCUCCGCUGGUGAUUUAUAUGGAUUGCAGUGCCAUCAUUCAAGUAUUCAAAACACCUGCUGACUGCUUUCGCCUGCACUGGAGUCUGGUUCAUGUCAGUGAUUAACUGUUUAUGUGAAACAAACCAGACCCCCUCUUUUAUAUGUGCGUGAUUCAGUGCGUGUGCGCGUCUCCGUAUCUGACUGUCUGUCCUCAGGUCUUGUCAGUUUUCAAUUCAAACAUCAUUUCUUUCAGUCUCUCUACCUCCCUCAUGCUAAAUUAUGCUACUGUCUAUUAUUUUAAAGGAUCACACAUACGUUUUCAUUAUAAAUCCUGUUAUCAUUUGCUGAGGAAAUGAUGACAGGAUUUUGGGUGAACAGAACUGUUAACAAACUAUCUGUCGUCUUUUAUCAAUUUCUCUCACAUUGGCUCUUAAAUAUUCAGGCCCCUGUAAACGGCCCGUGUUGGUUUGCUAUCGUUUGAACUUAUUGGUGGUCCCACUCCCGAUCCACUGUAUCUCCAAUUGCAAUCCAGGUUUUCACUCAGACCCUCAGCUGCAGCACAUUCAGUCACAUUCUCUCUCUCCCACCAACACACUCCUCUUUAUUCCGCUCGAACACAAGAAACAAGUGUUUUAAAAUGCAGAUGCUUGAAGGCCAACGCAUUGUUUACAUAAUCACUAAAUGAUGUUCACAAACCUCACUCCAUUGCCACAUCUGCUUCACUUACACUGUAAGUUAAUGGUUUUAGGAUGCACUGGGGCGGGAGUGGUGCUGCCGUACUAGCCUGAAUAAUCGGACCCGAAACUGAAUUCUGAUCCAAAUUUAAAUGCGGAUCCACCGGUUGACUUUCGAUUUUCUGUUUUCUUUGUGCUCUGGUGGCUCUCUUCCUGUGUUAUUGUGGAUGGUGACCGAGAACACCAUGUGACCCUGACUAACACUUAGGUGAAAAAUAUCCGUCCUCUUUCGUGUUUUUGUUUGUUUGUUUCAGUGGUCUGCAUUUUAGUGAUUUGUGUUGAAAAUGCUUUGCUGCAGUUCCGUUAAAAUGUGAUGAAUCAUGUUUCGUUGGUCCUGACAGAGUGUGCCAAACUUUUGUCGUGAAGGCACGACCUUCGCUAUAACUGUGCUUACUGUACUGAAGAAGAAAAAAACAAAGUGAAGAUGAAAGAUGCAACCUUCUGUGGUUAUUGUUAAAGUAAUCUUGCGAGAUCUAUGAUUCUGAAUUUGCUCCUGUCGUGUGUGGUUGACUACGCCCUAAAUUUUAUUGGUGCUGACUGAUAUCUAACGUUUUUUCUGCUAACUUUCAAAUUAAUGCAAAACCUCUCGUUCUCACUGUGCCUCAGUCGUAGACCAACACCAGAUUGCCUCCACGCAUGUCUAUACACAACCCCCCAGAUCAGGUGUCCUGUUGUUUUCAGAUACUUCAAUGUAUUGUGUGUGGGUCGAUAAGUGGCAUAUUUACCAGAGGUAAACAAAAAAGUCCAUCAGCAAUCAGAUUAAAAAUAUUUAUGUCAAUGUACUUUUCCAAGCAGUUACAGGUCACAAAUGUUUACGUGUUGAUGUUCACGCAACACUCGCUGCAGACUUUUUAAUCUUGUCCGGUUCAGUAUUUUGUCACGUUGCUGCAUGACAUUCCAGAUCUAGAACCCUGUGUGCUGGUUCUGGAACUCAUCUCGGCAGCUUUCGAAUCAGUUUCACCUCUCCGUCUCCUAGUCUUGUCUGCAUGGUUAACAUUAAGCACCACUGAAUCCAGAGACCUUGCGUAACACGCACACACCCAACAAUGACAUCUGGGCUGGCAAUUCUUGCUUAGUCUCUCAAGGUUUGUGAUGGAAUAUUCUUCCUCUUCCUUUUUUAGAGCGCGUAAGACUUGCAAUGAGCUCAGCUGCAGGUGUGACUGUCUCUCGUGGAUAUGGAAUUGUGCGACUGGGAGCCAAGCUGCUUCCUUCCUCAGACACUCAAUCCAAUAGCUUGUCCAGAACAGGAAACACCCCUCAGGUUCGCAGAGUCGAGAAUUCCUGUUAUUAACCGAUGCUGAUCAACCUUAUGAUUAGACAUUAGUUACAAUAUUAGAUACUAAAUUAUAUUGCCAUUUAGUGGACCGAUAUUAAAAUUCAUGUGAACAACUAGCUAUGAAAGGCUUGAAGUGGAAUUUUAGCUCUGAAUUUAUAUGGCUGGUGUCAUCGGAUACACUGAAGUCGUUUCAGGCCGUUUCUAACAAAAAAUAAUAAAACUCAGCAUAACAUCUGUUAUUGCCUCACAAAUGCUUUGUCGGAAAUGGGACUUUGUUGUAUGUUCAGAUAUGCAUACUUGGUGUCUUUCAGUUUGCACUCUUUGAGUUACAGUUCCAACUUUACUAUUUGGCUUUUCAAACCAAGAACCAAUCAGAAGCACCAUUUGGCGUUCCUGUAUACAGAUUGGUUAGAUAUUCAAAACCCCUAUUCGUCAAAAUUAAAUCACCUCCCUCCACACACGUCAGAGAAGCACCGCAGGUUGUUUUUGUUGUUUGUUUGUUUUCAGAAACCCUCCAUUCUGAACUUUCUCUGUUUCAUUUUGAGAACCUGAAGUGCUGCUGUAUCUGUGCUUGAGUCUGGGUUGGUUGGACUGCGUGUGGUCGUGAGGACCGUAGAGUUCAUAAUGCUUCUGUGUGUGAUGUGACCAUUUUGCCUUACAUGUUUUCCAGGACUAAUUAAAGAGCAUAACUAAAAAAAAACA